AUGUUCGGCAGCGCAUAUCCAUGUUCAUUUCCAAUAUGUCCACAACCAAUCAUGUGCCCAUAUGAUGUACCUGUUCCACAGCCUUUUCCUUGUCCUGUUCCUGUACCACAACCUUUUCUUCAAAAUAUAAUACAACCUGUUGAUGUGCCCAUUCCACAUACAAUUCAGCCUGUCAUCAUACCGAAACCAGUUUGUGUACCUUUUCCUAGGCCAGUACCAGUACCCGUAGACCGUCCAUAUGCUGUACAGGUUCCACAGCCUGUGCCUAUACCGGUACCAGUAGAACGUCAAUGUCCUGUACCUGUUCCAAGGCCUGUACCAGUUCCGGUUGAAACUCCAUGCCCGGUACCUGUCCCAGUUUGUGUACCAGUUCCACAACCAUGUCCGAUAGCUCAGCCUAUCAUAGUACGAGAGCCAGUAUGUGUUCCUGUACCAGUACCAAUACCUAUGCAAACACCUCAACAAUAUCAAUACAGAGUGCAAGAGUAUUAUGCUCCACCUCCAUAUUGUUGUCCAGAAGAAUAUUGUGUUGACGAACCUAUAUGUAUAAAACGUCGUCAUCGACGACGACGACGAUGUAGAUCAGUUACACCGCCUCCAUUACCACCAAUCAUUAUUCCCAUUCCAAUACCAGAACCAACACCUCCACCACUUCAAGUAACUGAAUAUGUUCAAGACAUUUAUCCACCAGCACAAGUUUAUACUGAUCAAGUUGCUGUAGGUUACGUUGCUCAAAAUACAGUAUGUCAACAACCUUGUCAAAUUCAAAAAACAGAAUCACUUAAUUGCCAGCCAGCAGUUAUUUUACCACCAUCAUCUCCCUGUAUACAACCACAACAACAAUUCAUUCAACAAGUACCAAGCGGUCAAUGUGUUCAACAACAAAUCAUGCAACAAUUACCGACUGGUCAAUGUGUUGAACGACCACUUUGCGUUGGUGGUGGUGGCACUCAAACUAUUAUGGCAUCACAACAACCUUUUGUUUCUCCAUCGAAUUCAAUUGGUUUGAUAAAUUCUUGUUCGUCUGGUACAAAAUGGAUUUCUUAA